AUGCUUCCAGGAUGGGAUGAUGUCACCGAUGAAUCUCAUAUUGACAUUGAACGUGUGUCCGGUGCUUUUACCAACAGCGUAUUCUUCGUCACAAAAAAACCGCGGUGUACUAAAACAAAACCACAAAAAGUAAUACUACGAAUAUAUGGGAAUGGUAUCGAUCAAUUGGUUGAACGAGAGAAAGAACUGGUAUGGCUGAGGAUGCUUUCUACUGUUAAAAUUGGACCUCAGCUGCUGGGGACUUUCAAGAACGGAAGAAUAGAAGAGUAUUAUGAAUCUACAACACUGACCAAGGAUGAUAUUCGCAUGGCUCCAAUAUCACGUCACAUCGCAAGCCGGAUGUUUCAGUUCCAUAACAUAGUGAAAAUAUUUCCUCCUAGAGAUGAUGCGAAUCCUGAAGUGUGGGUUAAUAUUGAUAGAUGGUACCCGUUAGCGUGUAAAAUUUUUAGAUCAUCUGAAAAUAAGGAAGCGUUAGAUUUAUUAAACUUGUUAAGAGACGAGAUUCCGCGAUUAAAAGUGAUGCUCUCUAAAAUUGAUUCUCCGAUAGUGUUUGCACAUAAUGAUACACAAUACGGAAACAUUUUGCGACUUGCAGACGGAUCUAACCAACUGGUAGUAGUCGAUUUUGAGUAUGCCGGUUACAAUUAUCGCGGAUUCGAUAUAGGGAAUCACUUUUGUGAAUGGGCCUAUGACUAUAGUGGUCCCGAUCCGCAUGUAUUACAUAGGGAUUGGUAUCCUAACGAGGAGGAACAAUUAAAUUUUUUAGAGGCGUACCUGGAAACACAGGACCAGGAGUCAGGGUCGACCAAAUUUUCUUCAAAAGAUCAAUCUUUAUUGCAAAAGAUGCUAGUGGAAUGCAACGCUUUUGCACUGGCAAGCCACAUGAUGUGGGGGAUUUGGGGGUUGGUGCAAUCAUUUCAAAGUGAGAUUGAGUUUGAUUAUUUAUCCUAUGGCAUUCAGAGGCUGAAUGCCUUCAAUGAUUUGAAAGAAGAACAUUAUAGACAAAUUAAACAUCAUUACGAUGAUUAG